GGCUGAAUGCAGUAGCAACUUGAAUGACUCAACAACACGACAAGACGAUCGAUCAGAAUUAACAAGGAAAUCAUAUCAUGAAAGAAAUUGUAUUUUACUACGAUGUUGUUUGCCCAUUUGCCUACAUGGCGAGCAGACUCAUAGAAGGUGUUGCAAGCCGAAAUGGGGCUAAAAUUCUGUGGAAACCUGUUCUCCUAGGUGGCCUGUACAAAGGAACACAGGCACCCCAGGGUGCUGCAGGAUCUGCUUAUGAUGCUAUGAGUGGUGCAAAAGUAAAGAUAUUAGCAGAUGACUUAAAGAGGACAAGACUUCACCUUGGGAUUAAUGCUACAGCACCUUCUGAACAUCCUAUCAGGACGCUAAAUCCCAUGCGUCUUUUAGCUGCAGCAGCCCACCUAAAUGAAAAAGUGUGUGUUCCUUUAACACACAAACUUUUUGGUGCUUAUUGGGUUCAUAAUAAAGGUACAGUUCUGAUUAGAAAAUGUGAUUUGGAAAGCUCAUGUUUAAAGACCCAGGUUUGGCCAGGAUGUAUUAUGUGCUUUGCAGCACUGGAAAUNGAGCCCAGGAAGGCCAAACUGACAAUCUACCAUGACUUUUCCAGCCCCUGGAGCUACAUUGGCUCAACACAGAUCCCCAAGUUACUGUCAGAAGUUCAUCCAGUUUCAGUUGAAGUGGAAUGGGUACCAAUUGUGGUUGGUGCAUUGUUUCAGAAGAUAGGAACACCAGUGGUUCCAAUGCAAGCAAUCAGUGAAGCAAAGAGAAACUAUGGAAGAAAAGACCUUCUUGACUGGGCCAAGUAUCGUCAGGUUGAAUUCCAGUUCACUUCUCAUUUUCCACUCCGUUCUGUUCUUCCGCUGAGAGUUACUCUCGUUAACCCAGACGACCGAUUGCGACAAACCAUAUAUGAAGCUGGCUGGCGACAUGAUGGGAACAUUGGCGAUCCUCAGGUUUUAUCUUCAGUUCUCUCUGAAGCCGGCUUUGAUGGCGAGGCGUUGAUAGCAGCAACUCAAGAUCAACAAAUCAAAGAUCAGUUACGAAUAAACACUGAAAGAGCAUUCGCUGCCGGACUGUGUGGGGUUCCAAGCUAUCAAGUCAACAAUGGAUCUGUGGUGUGGGGACAAGAUAGACUGAACAUUAUUGCCGACAUGUUGUGUGGUUGGGAAGACCACUUAAAACCAACCACCAGUAACAGCAAACUUUAAAAAUAAUUCAGUCGAUAUGUUAGAGCACAGAAACAAUAUUCCAUGCCAUACUGAACACAAAUGGACGGCUUUGAUUGGCUUACACCCUUGAUGUCACACAUCUAAGAGAUCUUACCCAGAAUCACCAGCGCACCUCAAAGAAUCCAAAGAAACAUCUUUGAAGUACAUCACUACUGAAACACUGUAAUCAAAGUUCUGUUUGAAUAAUGGCCGUUGAGUGUGCUUUAUCUACUGUUGGAUAAACGAG